AUGGAGAAAGGAGCAGACGGAGCAGCUAUGGAGGAUGGGGGGAGGGUGAGGAGCUUCCGGAUGGAGGGCUACGGCAACCGGAGAGCCUUCCUGAGGAGCUACCCGCUGCAGGCAGCGGCGGAGGACGAUGGCGGAGGGCGGCGGCGGCGGCGGCGGCGGUGGCGGAGGGCUAGGCUGGGUACGAAGAUAGAGAGCUUCAGGCGGAGGGCGGCGGCGGCGCUACUCUUGCGGCUGAGGAAGCUCAAGAACAGGGUCGUCUUCUUCUUCCUGGCCUCCUGCCGCCCUCCAAUCACCCAACAGCAGCCUCCUCGCUGCUGCUAA